GCCGCGUCGGGCCGCUUCUCUUUAGCGUCUCUCAGACCACGGCAGCAGCGCCGCAAGUUUUGUCGUUUUUGCGGCGGAGGCGCGCGCUGGCACUCUCGGGCCGACGGCGGCCGACCCUCCGCUCCAAGGCCCCUCAGCCGCGCCCAGGCGCUCCCGCCGCCGAGAGUCCGGCAGCCACGAGGCCCCGCCGCGCCCGCCCGCCCGGCGGCCGCAGCCAUGUCGCGGGGGCCGGAGGAGGUGAGCCGGCUCACGGAGACCACCUACAGGAAUGUUAUGGAACAGUUCAAUCCUGGGCUACGAAAUUUGAUAAACCUAGGAAAAAAUUAUGAAAAAGCUGUUAAUGCUAUGAUCCUGGCAGGAAAAGCCUACUACGAUGGAGUGGCCAAGAUUGGUGAGAUUGCUACUGGGUCCCCCGUGUCGACUGAGCUGGGCCACGUUCUCAUAGAGAUUUCAAGUACCCACAAGAAACUCAAUGAGAGUCUUGAUGAAAAUUUCAAAAAAUUCCAUAAAGAGAUUAUACAUGAGCUGGAGAAGAAGACAGAACUUGAUGUGAAGUACAUGAAUGCAACUCUAAAAAGAUACCAAGCAGAACACAGGAAUAAAUUAGAUUCUUUGGAGAAAUCUCAAGCUGAGCUGAAGAAGAUCCGAAGGAAAAGCCAAGGAGGACGAAAUGCGCUAAAAUACGAACACAAAGAAAUCGAGUACGUAGAGACUGUUACUUCUCGCCAGAGUGAAAUCCAGAAAUUCAUUGCAGAUGGCUGCAAAGAAGCUCUACUGGAAGAGAAAAGGCGCUUCUGCUUCCUGGUUGACAAACACUGCAGCUUUGCAAAUCACAUCCAUUAUUAUCACCUACAGUCUGCAGAAUUACUUAAUUCCAAACUGCCCAGGUGGCAGGAAACCUGUGGUGAUGCCACCAAAGUACCAGAGAAAAUCAUGAAUAUGAUAGAAGAAAUAAAGACUCCAAUCUCUACGCCAGUAUCCGGAACACCUCAGCCAUCACCCAUGAUGGAGAGAAGCAACAUGGUUGGGAAAGACUAUGACACCCUUUCUAAAUACUCGCCAAAGAUGCCCCCAGCCCCUUCAGGCAGAGCAUAUACCAGCCCUUUGAUUGAUAUGUUUAAUAACCCAGCAGCAGUCGCACAGAAUUCAGAAAGGAUAAAUAAUUCAACAGAUACUUCAGAAGAUGCCAGUUUACAGCGAUCAGUUUCCGUUGCAACUGGACUGAACAUGAUGAAAAAGCAGAAAGUAAAGACCAUUUUCCCACAUACUGCUGGCACCAACAAGACCUUACUGAGCUUUGCACAGGGAGACGUCAUCACGCUCCUCAUCCCUGAGGAGAAGGACGGCUGGCUCUACGGAGAGCAUGACACCUCCAAGGCGAGGGGAUGGUUCCCGUCGUCAUAUACAAAGUUGCUGGAAGAAAAUGCAAAGGAAACAGUGACUAUGCCCACGCCAAGCCCGACGCCGGUGAGAAGCAUCAGCACUGUGGACUUAACUGAGAAGAGCAACGUCGUCAUCCCCCCACCCGAUUACUUGGAAUGCUUGUCCAUGGGAGCAGCUGCAGACAAAAAAGAUGUUGCCAGAAAUAUUUCUACCUUCAAAGCACCAGUGUCCAAGCCAGAAACCACGUCUCCUAGUGAUGCCAACGGGACUGCAAAGCCGCCCUUCCUCAGUGGAGAAAACCCCUUUGCUACUGUGAAACUCCGACCGACGGUGACCAAUGACCGAUCAGCACCCAUCAUUCGAUGAGAAGACAGCCAAGGAUUCUUCUGGUUCCUCUCAUGUUAAGUUCUCACUUGCAAAUGAUAGGUGUAUAUUGUCUGAUGUGUGCUGUGACUCCCAAAGCUUCACCAGAGGGUGCCUGAUUUUAAAUGUAUUCUACUUGAGCAAAUCAAUACAUUUUCUCAAUUUAACAUAGUUGGGUUUACACAUUUCUGUCUUUAAGAUAAAUAAUAGUUUAGUGACCAACUCAUUUAAAAUAUUUUCUUCCUGUUCUGUUCAAGAAACAAUUUAGUUCCAAUCCUUACUGUACCCUUUUUUAUUGGCCUAAGAAUUUUUUUCUUAACAGCCAGAACAUAAGGGAUAGUCUGUGCUUUCAUGACUGGCUUUCUGCACCGGAAUGCAAAUGAGACCGGUUUUACUUUAUAAAGCAUGUGCUUUUAAGUAGCAUUAUGAUGUUUAUCUAAAGGAAACAUUGCAUAAGUUUGCAUCUUAGCAUGCAAAUCAUAAUUUUAAGCAAUAUAAAUUAUGAAAAUAUAUAAUUUUUUAACUUAAUUUUAAACUUGUUUAAUCAAAUGUAGAGCUGCACAAGAUGGAGAAAUUCCCACCCCUUCCCUGAUUUUGACAGAGCUGAAUAGUGCUGAGACAUUCGCCUGCCCUCAUCACAGCCAUAUUAAGCAUUGAUGAAAUAAUCUCCAAGAGCUACUGAACUUGGUAGUGAGGAGUUGCUGACCGGAUGUGCUGCAGGCCAGGUGGUGCCACACGCUGGCCAGCACAUGGGAAACAUGCAAGUCUGAGGCCUCCACGUGUGGGCUCCCCAGGUGCUCUCACUAAGCUAGCUGACCAAAGCUCCGUCCAUCACUAAUUCACUAGGAAGCUUCCUGGGGUCCCAGUUUUUCCAUGUUUGAAUUAGGUACUGACUUGAAAAGGGUGCUUAUAAAGCCAGGGUGACCUCUGGUGGCUGGAGGGGGGUUGGUCUUUCAACCCAGCAGCCAUCACAAGCCCAGAACCUGGGCCUCUGGUGUAGCAUCAGGCCUCCGCACUGGCUGCCGGGGGAGUUGAGGUUGAAAGUCACCCCCGGGCCACUUAACCUUGUUUGCUGGGACUGCUAGAACCGUUGCUUGUCACAGCUCCUUUGGUCUCACCAUAAAUGUACCAUUUUCUUAUCUGCCUGAAAUUGGUCCCAGUCAAAUGCAGGUAAAGCAGUGUAUGUGGGUAGCACUUCAGGCUUCUCCCAGCUGAGUCAAGCAGUGUCACAGUCUGUCUCUCCCAGCAGGACAAACCAGGUGAUCGCAUGAAGGGUUGCUGACACAGAACCGUGUUAACACCCACCACCAGGCCUGGUCAUGCAGGUGCUGCGGCCAGAAAGAGAACUCAGCCCACGCACCCCUCUCCCUUUCAGGACGGGCAGGGCUGGGGAGCGUGGCGGGGGCACACCCUGGCCUUUAGGGGAAUUUUCUGGCUUUGUUAGAGGUAGAACAGGGCCCACGAUUAUUGGAUGCCAUCUGCUGCCCCCCCUGGCUCACCCAGCCCCGGGGUCCACCUCACAGACCAGAGCCACAGGGUUGCUCACCUGCUCCCAUGGGAGGGAAGGCUGGCCUUGUCCUCGGCACAUGCUCUGUAAAUGCCAAGGUGUUA